CAGAACUACUUGGAGAGAUAUUAUAUAUACAUUUUCUUUGUUACUUCAACCCUCCUUUUAUUCGGUCUUAGUAUGACGCACAUCCCUACCUCGGAGUUUGGUAGUGGACGCGGUAAAUGGCUUCAUGAGAGUAGGUAGCGGCAGUUAAGAGCACCAACACGAGGCGAGGGACGCGGGCCGUCAAAGAUGCGAAGGCUACAUUCCUCGAAUAAGGUCAUGGUAGUUAAUCGUGUUGCUCAGCUCCGGGUGACACUGGUUGGUUACCAGCACCAGACGGCUUGAUACAGCGGGACGCAAAUCAUCCGUCUUUCCAAGAAUGCCAGCAACCCGCCCAGCCGUACAAGAACCGUUGUGCCAGGCAGACAUACGGUUAUCCCUAUCUUCUCCACUCUUCCUCCCAACACGACGUUACCCGUCGUUACCGGGACGCAAACUGCAAAUCUCCAAGAAACAAAGUACCACCAACCCUGCUUACGAUCUCGAAUCGAAGUCUUCGAGCUCGCGAGCGUCACGCGGCAAGCGAGUCCGGGGAGGCAUGGCAGCCGCGGCAGCCGUCGGCGAAAUCUUCUACCAGGACUGGGAAGGGACGCGGACAGGACUGCGGGGCCUGCUCCCCAGACAAUCGAGCCUUGGGCUGCGCGACGAUCCGGCGUCGUCGUCGUCGUCGUCGUCAUCGUGGUCGUCGCGUGCCACCGCUGUCGUUCGCAGCGGUAGCGUACGCAGCCUCGACAGCAGAAAUUGUCUAGCGUGGGGGGUUGGCCUGGGUCGUCUCGAUCGGGGCGAGUCGAUACAGCCGGGAGUCGACCGGGAUGUUAUCCGUCAAGCGCGAGGCGGAGAGAGGGCGGGAGAUGUGGUUUCGUUGGUUGGCGUUCGGGGGCGGCAGCGGCAGUCAGGAGGACCUCCGGAGUCGGGUUCCUCAACUAGAGCCGGGCGGGCGGGCGUUCGCGUCGGGCGCGGCAGACGCAGCGCCUCCUCGUCCUCCCCGGCCGAGGGUCGGGUGGGGCGGGGGUACCGCAAGGGCGCCGGAGGGGGGAAGGUGGGGCGCGGGCCGUGCCGACACACCCGACGGCUGUGACCGGGUUGACCGCGGUCGGCGGGAUGCGCGACUCGCGCUGGGUUUCGCAUGGGGCGCGGGCAGGCGGGCGGAGCCACGCCGAGAGCAAACACGUACCCCAUCCCGUCGCGGCGGAUGUACCUA